AUGACCGAGAGCAAGACUCUGUCGGCCGACGCGCCUGUCCCCGAGGCUACUGCCGCCGCUCCUGUCGCUGAGCCGGCUGCUGCUGCCCCCGAGCCCGUUGCCGCUGAAGCUCCGGCCCCCGCCUCCGCCGAACCCUCCGUCACCGCCACCGCAGUCGGCACCGACACCAAGUCGGUCGACAAGUCUGACAAGUCCGUCGCCGACAGCAAGCCUGCCCCUUCAGCUGAGACCAAGUCGGAAGAGCUGUGGGAGACGCCCGGCUGGCCCCUCGCGGCCGAUCACCCGCUGCGCACCUUCCACGCCCGUCUUCCCUCCAUCCUCGAGUCGGCGGGCCACAGCCAAAUCUGGGGCGUUACGCUCUCCACUUCCACGCCCGCUGAGUUCUCGACGCUUAUCAUUCUGCAGAAGUUCCUGCGCUCAACUGCCGGAGAUCUGGAGACCGCCGCGGCCAACCUCGAGAAGACGCUGAAGUGGCGCAAAUCGUUCGGACUGGACGGGAUCGAGGACCGCUCGGGUGUCAAGGAUGAGGACGCCUUCAAGGGCCUGGGCUACAUCACGGUCGUCCCGAGUCUGCCCGAGCCUAGCGUGAAGGGCGCCGAGACGUCCGUGAACCAGAUCGUGACCUGGAAUGUCUACGGCGCCGUCUCGGACAUCAAGACAACAUUCGGCGACCUCGACGCCUUCCUCCGCUGGCGCGUCGACCUGAUGGAGCGCGCCAUGGCGCGUCUCGACCUCGCCUCGGCCACGACGCCGAUCCCCGACUAUCCCGCGCCAGAGGACCCGCACCGUCUCCUCCAGGUCCACGUCUACAGCGGGCUCAGCUUCCUCCGCCUGCCGCCCGAGGUCAAGGCGGCGAGCAAGGCCACGAUCGAGCUCAUGGGCGCACACUACCCCGAGACGCUGAGCCGGAAGUACUUUGUCGGCGUGCCCAGGCUUAUGGGGUGGGUGUUUGGGUUCGUGCGCAUGUUUGUCUCGCGCGAGACGGCGCGCAAGUUCAACGUCGUCAGCUGGGAGGAGCAGCUCCAGCCCGAGCUGGGCGAGAAGGAAUACGUCCCCCAGCGCUUUGGAGGGAGCGGGCCCGAGCUCGCAGAGCUGCAGGCGAAGACGAAGGAUAUGUAG